GCGGCGGCGGGCGAUGGCCGGGGCGCUGCUGCGCGGGGUGCGGCGCUUCCCCUGGCUCGGCAACGUGCUGCUGUACGGGGGGCUGUUCGCGGCCGGGGACGCGGCGCAGCAGCUGCUGCGGGGACAGCCGCCCGACUGGGCUCAGACGCGGCGGGUGGCGCUGGUGGCCCUGGCCUUCCACGGCAACUUCAGCUACGUGUGGCUGCGGGCGCUGGAGCGGGCUCUGCCCGGCCGCCGCCCGCCCGCCGUGCUGGGCAAGGUGCUCUGCGAUCAGCUGCUGGGCGCGCCCGUCGCCGUCCUCGCCUUCUACACGGGUAUGAGCAUCCUUCAGAGGAAAGAGGACAUCUUUUCAGACUGUAAAAAGAAAUUUUGGAAUACAUAUAAGACAGGACUGAUGUACUGGCCUUUUGUGCAGCUGUCAAACUUCAUUUUGAUCCCAGUUCACCUGCGAACAGCUUACACUGGGCUCUGUGGCUUUGUCUGGGCUUCCUUCAUUUGCUUUUCCCAACAGAGUGGAGAUGGCACAGCAAAGUCAGCAUUUAUGUGGCUCCAAAGAGAGAAGGUCAAUGAAGACGAAGAAUCAUCAGACAAAUAAGAAAUUCUGAACACAUUCUAAAUUGCUAAACUGGAUUUGUGAAAGCCAGUAAAUCACACUGCAGCCUCAUUGUUGUAUUUAAAAUAAGCAGUUAUCUCAACAUUUGGUGAUCAGAUAAGCAGUGGAACAGUUUGUCUUUGUGCCUGUUUAUUUUUCAUAAAAGAGGCCAGUUGUAUAUUGACAAUUAAUUAUUUUCAUGCUGUCAGCCCAUCUCAUCUGGGAACAACUGUCUUACA